UAGUUCUCAAUUGCAAAACGGCCAGCCCUCGGCGCGCCUGCGCAAGACCCUACCCUCCCCCCCCACCCCGCGCCGUCCCACCCCCCCCGCCACCCCCACGCGCCUGCGCAGGACCCCCGGCUACCGCGCGGUCGUCCGGACGACAGAAGAUCCGCCUUCUCAUUGGGCAGCUGAACUAGCGGGUUCUAGUUCUGAUUGGUGGUCUCUGUAUUUGACCCUCCUUUUUCUCUUUAGCGCCCCGCGCAAGGCUCCUCUUUGUUGCAGGUUAGCCGCAGGCUGCGCAAUUUCGGGAGGAGUCGGGCGAUCCCACACACUGAACCUGAGGGUCGUCGUUCUGAUUAGUCUUCUCUCUUCUGUCCUGCAGUUUCCAGGACUACGGGGAGGGUUUUUCCUUUCCUUUUAUUCUCCUUUCUACAUAUCCACACACCUCCAUCAGCCUACAAAGACAUGACCACCAAUGCCAGCCCCGUGCACCCAUACUGGCCUCGGCACCUGAGGCUGGACAACUUUGUGCCUAAUGACUGCCCCACCUGGCAUCUCCUGGCUGGCCUCUUCUCCAUCUCUGGGGUCUUAGUUGUGACCACAUGGCUGUUGUCAGGUCAUGCUGCGGUCAUCCCACUGGGGACUUGGCGGAGACUGUCCCUGUGCUGGUUUGCAGUGUGUGGGUUCAUUCACUUGGUGAUUGAGGGCUGGUUCAGCCUCUACCACGAGGACCUUCUCGGAGACCAAGCCAUCUUGUCUCAACUCUGGAAAGAGUAUGCCAAGGGAGACAGCCGAUACAUCCUGAAUGAUAGCUUCAUGAUAUGCAUGGAGACCAUCACAGCUUGCUUGUGGGGACCACUCAGCCUAUGGGUGGUGAUCGCCUUUCUCCGCCAGCAGCCCCUCCGCUUUGUCCUACAGCUUGUGGUCUCUGUGGGUCAGAUAUACGGGGAUGUGCUAUAUUUCCUGACAGAGCACCGUGAGGGAUUCCAGCAUGGGGAGCUGGGCCACCCUCUCUACUUCUGGUUUUACUUUGUCUUCUUGAACGCCCUGUGGCUGGUGCUGCCCGGAAUCCUCGUGCUUGAUUCUAUAAAGCAACUUGCUCGUGCCCAGAGCAUGCUGGACACCAAAGCCACAAAAGCCAAGAGCAAGCAGAAAUAAUGAGUGAUGAACUGGGCUUGAACACUGGCUAUUGAGGAACUCUCCACCUGCCAGAAGAUUCCAAUCCUUGCUCUCACAGGUUGGAAGGACAAAUCAAAUUGAUCUGUCAAACUCAGGCUGAUGGGUGAACAGGGGGAAGAAAGGAGCUGUGUGGAGCUACUGUCAGGAGCUGUUGGGACAAAGGUACAAGAGAACCUUGGAAGUCUGUGAUGGGGACAAUUUUUUUAAAUCAGGAAAUAAAGAUCUUGACCCUA